AUGCCUCACAUGACCCCCCAAGAAGAUGCUAUGUCACAAUCGACUCCGAGUGUGGACGAGAUGAUGGAUGUGGAUAAUUGGAAGCAGUUCCAGUCGAGGGGAAGUGGAAAGGACAGGGGGAGCCUUUCACAUAGAGGUUCGUAUGAAGAUGCCGAUGAAGCUGGUCAGUUGAAGGGGGAGAUUCUGGAUGACGACUCGGACCGAGGUGACAUGUUCGUAGUAAAUCGCGAUCGCACAGGAAGCCCGCCUCUGUCCAAUGACGAGUCAGAGGAGACUGAUGAAUUGGAUAAUAUCGACGAGGAAUUGGAGGAGACAAUCCAUCAGCCACGGAGCUAUACACCUGUGUCAGAUGUCGAGGAGGACAUCGAGGAGGGCAUCAAGGAGGUCAUCGAGGAGAAGGGCAAGGAGGAGGACAAGAAUGAGGAUGAGGACAAUGAUGAGGACGAGGACGAUGACGAGGACGAGGACGAUGACGAGGACGAGGACGAUGACGAGGACGAGGACGAUGACGAGGAUGAACAAAGUGUUUCUGUCCAGCCCUUACCUGUCUUUCAGAGUCGCCCAUCUCACAGAGUCAUACGCAGGCCGAAAGGAUGUGCAUCUGCUGCUAAAGUGGAUGCCCCUCAACGCCGAAGCAGUUGA